UCAUAAUUCCUACAAAUAGUGGAAAAUAUAGAAAAAUGAACAAAACGCAAUUAGUGAAAUAUAUAAUAGCAUUUUUAAUUGGCAUGCUUUCGCUGAUCGGUUUAAAUUCCAACAUCUAUUCCUGGCGUACCAAGAGAUUUUAUGUUAACUACUUUUUGGUGGUCUGGUGCAUAACGAUAAUUAUACUCUUUACCAUGAUUUAUAUACGCCGUUUGUAUUAUGAAAUCAUAACCGAGGAAUUGGAUUUAAAAAAUGCAGUGACAUUGUAUUAUUACAUGAAUAUAUUUGGUGCCGCCACCAAUUACCUAUCACAAUUACUAAACACCAAAUCUGCUGUGGAUUUCUUCAAUGUGGUGCAGUUAUUUGAAACUAUGGAAUAUGUUGAUGUGGAAAUGGAAGUAAUACAAUCUUCUAUUCUCUUGGUCACAUUGAAAACCAUUAUUUUUCCCAUUAUCAUCGAAAUUACUUUGAUAUUAAGACAACUGCGAGACGAUGAUGAGGAUAGAAGUCUGCUGUGGACGGUUUAUACUUUGUAUCCUUUAGUCAUAGCCAAUAUUAUACCGAAUUGUUUAUUUGGUAUCUUUGUCAUAUGUAGACAAUUUACUAUGGCCUUAAAUCGUCAAAUGAGAGAGUUGGAGAAAGAGGCAAAUUUCCUACAGAAUAUUGAACAAAUUUGUUUGCACAAACGUUUCUAUCGCAUGCAAAAGUUUUGCAAUUUAGCGGAUAAAUUGGAUGAAUUGGCGGAAAAGUAUUCGUUGAUCUGUUCUCAGACAUUGGCGUAUAUGAGUUUGUGUACGACCCCAUUGAUGGCUUCAUUAUUGUGUAAUCUUUUUGGCAUUACGGCGGGUUUCUUUCGUCAGUAUUAUGCUUUGGCCGAUACUUUAAUCAAUGAAGAGAGUUAUGAUGUCUUUAAUGCCGUAACGAAUGGUGUUUUUUUGAUAAUAUCGUUUUUGGAAAUAGCAUUACAUAGUUUGGUAGCUGAUCAGAGCAUUGAAGCGGUGAAAGAGACUGGUUUAAUAUUGAAACGCAUCAAAUUGGAUAAUGCUGAUGUCCGUUUUAAAAAAGCAGUUGAAAAGUUCUCAUUUGAAAUAUUGGUUAUAGAUUUUAAAAUACAACCUAUGAGAUUAUUAAAUAUUGAUUUGGGUUUAUUACAUGAUGUUUUAUCGGCUGUAACAAGUUUUCUGCUAAUUUUAAUACAAAGUGAUUUGACUUUGAGAUUUUCAUUGAAAUAAACAACAAAUAUUUUCCAAUUGUUUUGAAAAUAAAAAAACAUUUUACUGAAAUUUCUUUUACUUAAGAAAGGAAUACACAAAAUUUUUCAAUAAUGGAUGUUGAGUUGGAAGCUUUCGGUGCUACUUCGAAACAAAAUCGUGCUAUACCUUGGAAACAACGUUCUAGAUAUAAUAAAUGUUUAGUGAUUAGUAUUGUUUGUAUAGUUCUUGUAUGUAUCUUUAAUUUGAUUGGUUUAGUGGCAUUUUAUUGUGUUUUUAAGCGUCACGAACAAAAUUUGUAUAUAAAAGAUCAUCAUAUGUUGGAGGAACAAUAAAAUGUAAUUGUACAUAAUAAAUGUAUGCAUAUA